GGUUGCCCGAAGCAACCAUUACGAUCUUGAUAGGGAAGAACAUCAAAACGCUUGCGCGCUUGGCCUUCAGCGUGGGUCAGCCAGGAGAGACGCCAACGGACACAGCGUUGACUAAUCUGGUACAAGAUGGCGGAAACGCAGUGCCUGUUUCGACAUUGUCGUCGGUUCGACGGCUUGUGUUCGAAGCCCAAACUCUCAUGGUGAGCCAAGUAAAAUCACUAGUGGAGCACAAGGCUGAUGAAGCCAAGACUGAGUUGGCCCCAGCUGAACGAGCAGAGCGAAUCAAAAAGCAAGCAGCUCGCCUUUCUGGAGUGCCACUUCGGGGGGAGAAUGAGUGCGCUUAUCAGUCAUAUGACACAGUCAUGAAGAUGUGCCAGGAGAACGUGGUGUCAUACCUGCCGCCGAAUAAAUUUCCCUCGCGUAGGGAGGAGCUGAAGCAAGAAAAACCCAAGAAAGAAUUGGAUGUCGUAAAUCCCAAGGUCCUCUUGCGUGACCAAGAGCAAACGCUUCAGUGCCUGGCCGUUAGCAUCCUGCUGGAGGCCGAUCGGGCGGCAUGGCUCCGAUUGGCGGAGAAGUUGCCUGAUGGAAUCAAGAGAACCGGUGCUGGGGCCUGUCCCAUGGACAUUCACCUCCCUUCCAUGCAGACAGAUCCCCUCAGUCGCAGCAGCAAGGGCAGAAGCGUGCUCCAGAUGACAUUCCAAACCAGCCAUGGCCAAAGGUUCCCCGAGGCCCAGGUAAAGGCAAAGAUGCCCGAUUCUCUGGUAGGCAAAUGGUCCACAACUAAGCGUGGGGUGCCAAUCUGGUGGAUGUUCAACACAGCAGAAGGAUGUCCGCGCGCCUCAGCCGGGGGACGAUGUGCCCGAGGCAUGCAUUUGUGCGCCGAGCCAAACUGCCAGAAGAACCACAGCCUUGUGGAUCAUAAGUCACAAAACCCCAUCGCCCGUGUGAACCCUUGGAUCCGCCGGCAUGCCUUUGACAGGCGACCUUGA